GCACAAACAUUCUGGAAUUUGCAAGUUUUCUAUUAUUUUUUUAAUUUCGCACAUCCUAAAAAGUACGUGAAGUUCAGAUGAAUAUGCACUCUGCAAGUUUUGCAGCAGGCCUACUUUUACUUCUAAGUAGUACGCCGAGCGGACUAGCUGAAAAUAUUUGCCAAAAAUAUUUGCGCGAAUUGGCUCAAAAUCAAAGCGUAUUCGUUCAAUGUUCAACAAAGCAUUCGGUGCCCGUAAGCCUUUGUGUAGGUUGCGAAGAGCCUUUUACCGAUAUGCAUUUGUCUUACAUGGCCCUGCGAAAUGAAAAGAAUUGUACGGAUAUAUAUUUUGAUAAGGAUCGCAUCAACAUCGUGUCUACAACACAAUCUAUACUUGUCGGAUUGUGGACGAAAGCUUACUGUGAUGACUGUUACUCCAAUAACCAUUCGUAUGUAUUCGAUUUGAAAAAACGGGACUUUGAAGAUUGUCUCAGGGAGCACAAAGGAGAAGAAUGCUCAGCUUGCCUGCUAGAAUAUCUAGAUUUGAAUGGUUUUUAUAUUUCUUUGGAUAAAAAGAAUAAUGGAAAAAUUUGCUUUGACAUGCAAGAUGCGAUGAACCGGACAAGAGCUCACUGGUCUAAGGAUUUAAAGUGCUGUCAUCGCGAGUUUGAUUAUAUGCUUUUUCUCGUUGUGUGCGGAUUUAUAGCGAUCCUGCCAAUCUUAUUUUAUGGUACCACAUUUUUUUUAACAAAACACCAAGAGCGUAAUUAUGUUACCAUAAUCGAAGAUCCACGUAGCAGUAAUGAUGGCCCUUCAACAAACGUGAAUGCAAACAGUUCCUCGGCUGAUCUACCUAGCACAUCAUCUGUAGCUACAUGCCCGCGGGUACCCUCACCAAAAACUAAAUUGCAAGUCGAGGGCUUUACCAGUUCCGAUGACAGCGAUUUAGAAGAAACUGCUGCAGAGAUAACAUCAAAAAAGCAUGAUAAAAGCGAAUAAUUUUAGACUGUAUUUGAACUAUUUUUGCUAUUAAUACUAAAAUGCAACUUCAAAAUAACUUUAUUAAAAAACAAGAUUUAUUUGUGUAUAGGAAAAUAAAUGCCUUUAUUUAGGAAAAAAAAUUGAUUUGAAAUGCAUGUUGUCCAUUGCUAGUCCAUCAUCUAUCACAACCUCGGUCAAGAUACGGCCGCUGAAAAGACAUUGGGGAAAAGAAUUUGUCUGUUCUAGCAGUCAGUCCAAACGUUUUUGUAAACAGUUAGUACUUGGCGCCUGUUAUAAAACUUUCUUUAGAAAAAUCGAUUGCCGUUUAGAAUUAGUCAGUAAUAACUUCACGUCCUCCAAUGGCAGUAAUAUUCCUAAUUAAAGUGUUAGACAUGGUCAUUGAUAAGUGAUGCUUGUAGCUAGAAAUCUGUUUAUACUGUGAUAUGCCUAGUGUUGGAAACCGUUGGAGUUUUCCUAACUCUAAGCGGUCUAUAUUGUAAAAUAUAUACAUUUUUUUUUUUUUAAUU